UCAGCGUCAGGGGCGGGGUCAGGCGUCGAGACGUCAGUCGCACGGCGGCGGGGGUCAGAGUUCGGUGAAAAAUGGCGGACGGGAUCCAGAGGAAGCUGCAGCAGGAGCUGGAGAAGUACCAGGCGCUACAGAAAGACCUCAGCAAAUGCCUUUCUGCCCGACAGAAAUUAGAGGCACAAGUGACCGAGAACACCAUUGUUAAAGAGGAACUGGAUCUCCUGGAAUCCACGAACACAGUGUUCAAGCUGGUGGGUCCAGUCCUGGUGAAACAGGGUCUAGAGGAAGCCAAGCUGACAGUCGCUAAGCGGUUGGACUAUAUCAAUGGGGAAAUAAAGCGGUAUGAAGGACAAAUGAAGGAGCUGGAGAAGACGUCAGAGCAACAGCGAGAAACACUGGCGAAACUACAGCAUGAUUUCCAGAAAGCACAGGGCAAGAUCCCUAUUAAAGUGUGAACGCAGCUUCCUCUUCUCUGUAACUCUCCGCUCCCCCCCCCCCCCUCCCCAACCACUACCACCACCCAGUCCCACACCUCAGAGGAUCCCAGCUCCUCACUAACAUCCUUCAGUCUUGGUUUUGGGGGUGGUCCCUGUUCCACAUGCAGGACCCACACCCACACAGCUGAUUAAAUUACAUCGAGUCUUAAAGGGAUUCACUGCUUUGUCGAGUUUUGAAGUGGGGAUGGUGGAGGGUGUGGGAGUGGAGGGGAGGUGAUUUUGUUCAUGACCCUGCGCUUUCACUGAGGAAGGGUCAUGGACUGUUUAUUCCCCCCCCCCCCCCCCCAGCUGUGUUUUCCUCGCUGGGAUUGAUCGGGCGGACUCUCAACGUGUGACAUUGUAGAGGCGCUGGGAUUUAUCCAGAUUGUUUUUCGUCCUCCGACAGAAAUAAAACUCCUGGGAAAACCUGCCAUUCCCUGAA